GUCGUCAUGUUGUUACAUUACCUUGGUCGUGUUCGGAUUCGGAUGUGCGUUCGAAUGUGAUUUGGCUAACAAACGUGGUGUAGGUUUAGGAUUAACAAUGAGCACCGUAUUAAUCACACCAUCGCCUUGUGCUGGCAAGCGAUGAGCGAAGUUUUUGUCAUAGAUCGAGACUAUAAUUAAGGAGAAAGAGCCAUCAGAUAACAGAUGGGGUCUAUUGCUAUAUUUUUACUGUACUGUUUGUCAAGUGCAACAGGUCACUUGAAUGUAUUCAUUAGUCAAAAAGAAGUUAAAAGGAUCAUGGGUCUAUCAGCUGAAUUAUAUUACGUUCGCGAUGGAGUGGUUAAUACAUACGCAAUGAAUUUCGAAGUACCGGUGCCAGCUAACAUCGGAGAACUCGAGUUUUGCUGGGAAUCGCUUACUCGGCACUCAUUGCCGUACACGUGGUAUGUGGAGUCAAAUAAUGGCAUUGCGAUGAAGAAACCGGAAUUGGACAUUCCACAAUCGGGCUGGGUACCGUCAUUUGUUCAGAUAUUCCAUCUGAAGUUGCCUUGCACCGGUGUUGUCAGUGCCGAAGUUCGCAUACAGCUCACCAUUAAUAUUACUGCAGUUAAUCCUAAGCACGAUGACGUCGUAUUAGUUUUUCGCCGGAACAAAAUAUGUCUCAAGACCACCGACAUGCUGUUGGACUCUCUUAUCGGCAAAGACGAGUCGUUGGAAACAAACCGCGUCGAUCAUGUUCCACUGAACAGUCCACAACAGCAAUACACGUCACACCAACAACCUCAACAGCAUUACACAUCAUACCAACAGCAACAACAACAACAGCAAAACCGCAUAUCGUCCUCUAUCGUUGAAAACACAAGCGUAUCGCAUUAUUCUGCAUCGGCGGGAAUGGCUCCGAUAACAACAAUGACUGUGUUAACAACCCAAGAACGUGACGCGCCCGAACAGCUAAUGUCCACUGAUGGUGCAUUCUUCUUUGUACUGGGAUGUGGAUCUGCACUAAUCGUUACACUAGUGGUAGUCACAUCUGCACUAGUUUACAAACGCACGAGCAAAUUAAUAUUAAGAUCCAAAUCAAAAGAAUCGCUUCACACAAGUUACACGAGCGCGGCUUACGUGGCCAACCCUAACGUACUGGUCCGAGUCGGUUCGAUAACCAGCACCAGUGGCACUUACGCCACCAUUCGAAGUGUUAAGAAAAUGGGAUCGACUACUGUGAAGACCAUUGGCUCGAACAGCAGUCACGUGUCACCGUACGCUACUAGUUAUGUAGCGGCUGCUGGAGACAAUUAUCACGUCUACUCAAAGCCUGCAUCGCCCACCCCGUCCAAGAUAUCGUACUACGCAUGCACGGCGCUGAUGGCCGUUAACGAUCGCAAAAUGUACGACGACUUAGAAGACCGGAUUGUAUCGCUGGACUCGCACGGUGUACCGGUCAAGUUGGAAAAGCUGCUACAGGAAGGAGCGUUCAGUAAGGUAUAUCAAGGCGUGUACCAAAGCAAAAGUGGUGUUUCUCAAGAAGUGCUCGUCAAAACGGUCACGGGAGAUGCUGCAUCACAGCAAGUGACUAUGUUCCUGACGGAAAGUUUAAUGUUGCAUGGCCUUCCUGGUCACGUUAACAUUAUACAACCAAUUGCUGUCUGCCAGUAUUCUAACAAACCUCCCUCCGUAUUGUACCCUUUUAACAACAAAGGAAAUUUGAAAAAAUUUCUGUGUGAUUGUAAAAAGAAAAAUAAUGACUACUACAACCUUACUACUAAAGACAUAGUCAACAUGAGUGUACAACUAUGUUUAGGAUGUGUAUUCUUACAUAGCCAAGGUAUUUGCCAUAAGGACAUUGCCACUAGAAAUUGCGUGGUGGACGAAAAGUUGCGUGUUAAACUAGCCGAUAGUGGUCUAUCCAGAGACUUGUUCCCUGAAGAUUACUCAUGCCUGGAUGACAACGAGAACCGGCCUAUUAAAUGGAUGGCGUUGGAAAGUAUCACAUUGCGAACGUACAAUGGUGCCUCGGACAUAUGGUCUUAUGGUGUCCUUUUAUGGGAACUCAUAUGUUUGGGAUCACAACCGUAUGCCAAUAUUGAUCCAUACGAUCUCAGUCUGUACCUGCAAGAUGGCUACCGACUUUCACAACCAAUAAACUGCCCAGACGAUCUUUUUGGCAUGAUGACUUGUUGCUGGUUACCUAAUCCAGAAGAACGGCCGUCAUCCGCUCAAGUGUUGGCUUGUUUGCAAGAUUUCCAAAAAACUCUUACCCAGUUUAUAUGAAUGUUUCUCAAACUUUGUACAUUUAUUAUUUAUUGUUUUGUUUUUGUUUAUUAUAUAGUUGAAACAAACUACGUUUCUCAAAUUAUAAUUACACAGGUGCUAAAACAAUUAACGUUUGUCUGAUUAUAAAUGUAUUAAUUUUUUUUUUAUUCAGUGUAUGUUUGAUGUUGGGUUGUGAAUCGAUGAAUUCGAUAUCAUUUAAUUUAUUGAAAAAAUAAUACCUUCUUUUUCAUAUAGCAUACGCCAUAUUGUUAUUAAGGUAAAAUA